UGUGCUAGAAAGGGUGUGUUGCACUGGGGAUUAGGCAUUACACACCCUCUGGGAGUAGGAAGUGAUUGCACAGUGGGAGGGUUCCGUCUGCCACAGAAGCACUAACAGCUGCUCCUCAUCUCCCCCAGCCAAGCUCUGCGCUCUGCCCUAUGGAAACUCCUGCCAACUUUUCUAUGAGAUCUAUACAAGACCACCCGUCCUCCCCUUGGUGAAGGGGCAAGCCAGCUCCCCAUGGCUUUUAUGUCUGACAACAGCACAUUGGGACAGUUUGGUGAAUAUGGCAAUAGCACAAGCAUAGGCAACCUGUGGAAAAAUGCUCAGCCGGCUGAAAUCCUUGGCAUUGUUUUGUCAAUCUUUGGAAGUUUCUUAAUAAGCAUCUCUCUAAAUCUCCAGAAAUACACCCAUGUCCGGCUCGCGUGUCGGCAAGACCCUUUGCCCUAUUACAAAAGCAAGUUAUGGUGGUUUGGAAUGUUCCUCAUGGGAGCCGGUGAGCUUGGAAACUUCGCAGCCUAUGGCUUUGCCCCAGCUACGCUCAUUGCCCCAUUAGGAUGUGUGGCUGUAAUAGGAAGUGCUGCUAUAUCUGUUGUGUUCCUGAAAGAAACCCUGAGGCCGUCUGAUAUAGUAGGUGGAACCUUGGCAAUUGCAGGGACCUACCUCUUAGUCACUUUUUCUCCAAAUGUAUCCGAAGAGAUAACAGCCGUAAAAGUGCAGCGAUAUGCUGUGAGCUGGCCCUUUCUACUUUAUUUGAUUAUAGAAAUAAUAACCUUCUGCGUCUUGCUGUAUUUCCUCAAACAAAAGGGACUGAACCAUAUUGUGGUUUUGCUGCUGCUGGUGUCACUGCUGGCUUCAUUGGCAGUGAUUUCUGUUAAAGCUGUGUCCGGGAUGCUGGUGCUGACCUUUAAGGGUUCAAUGCAACUGACCUAUCCUAUAUUCUACGUCAUGUUUGUGGUAAUGGUAGCGUCCUGUAUCUUUCAGGUCAAGUUCCUAAAUCAAGCCAUGCAGCUAUAUAAUGCAACGGAAGUGGUGCCGAUUAACUUUGUAUUUUUCACAACCAGCGCCAUACUUGCAGGAGUAAUAUUUUACCAAGAAUUUGAUGGUGCUUCUAUAUUAAAUAUUUUGAUGUUUAUCUUUGGGUGUUUUUUGUCCUUUUUCGGGGUGGUCUUGAUAUCCAAAAACCAAGAAAAGCGCGAUCCUCCAGAGCCCUUCAUUAACAUUGGAGAGAUCCCUGGGAAGGAAACAGUUGCUGCAAUCCAGCCAGAAUCAAGCUGCAUGUCAUAUGGGACCAUGUCGAAUUAGUUAAUCAUCAGCAGCCAAAGCCAAGAUGAAAGAAAAUGAAAUUGGGCCAUGGAGGAGAUAGGAUUUAUUUAUCGCCUCUGAUUUUUCAGCUCUGUAUCGUGCCUGCAUUCAAAUCACUUUAUGUUCCAUUCUCUUUUUUUUUAUGCGUGUGACCAAAAAAUAAUGUUGUGUUUUCUGAAGGGCCUUUGAUGUCAUUCAGGCCUUUUGAAUGCGGCUGAACUGCUCCCUGUUUGAUCAAUGACAAAUCCUAAGCAGUUCCUACCUGCUGUUUAUAUUAAUGUAUGAUAUUUAUUUUUGUUACAUGGAUUUUCAAUGAAGAGGGAUGGUUUGUAUGUGUUUAGUCCAUAUUGGUCUACAGAGGAAUCCUUUUGUAACAUUUCUACCCUGUGAACUGUGAUACUGGGUAGCAAAUGGUCCUUAAUGGUGAGAUAUUAUCUCCAGUAUGAACAGGUUCACCCAAUAGACAUCAGAUUUGUAGUUGCACAAACGGUUUGGUUACAGGAGGCCUAAGGCAGGACCGGAAACUCACCCACUGCUCCUGGGAAUUGUGAGGCACGCAGUGCAGAAUUGGAUGCUUUCCCUUUGUUUCAGAACAUAUAGAGACUCUAGUGUUCCUCAGCACUGAAUUUGUAUAAUUUGUAUAAGGGUGCCCAGGAGAUGACAAAAGCCACCUAUGCAUAAAUACACACUGGCUUAAGAUUUGGGCACCUUGACUGGCUCAGAAACCCAAUGAGCUGUGUAUAGGUCCAAGUCUAUGGCCUAUUUAAUUCAUAUGUUAUAGGGUUUUAAUCAGAUAUUAGUUGGGUAGGCUGGAAAUUGUCUUAGUGAUGGAUACAGUCAACACCCAAUGGGUCUUUACUGGUUCAAACCAUAUGAGCAGAUAGAUAGGCAAAGGGCCAAAUGAUUGGAUCUGCCCCAUUUGGCCCAACGCUAAUUAGGCAAAAACUUUGGUUUGGCAACCCUCUGCUAUCUCAUUUACAGUCUAUUAUUGCCACUGCCAUGUAUACACAACAGAAAGUGAUGCAUGUGGUUUAAUUACCAUGUUCUACUCCAUAUGGUUGCAGUUAUUCCCAGAAUUAAGGUCACAGGCUUUUUUUUUUGUUUUUUGGGUCAGCCAGUUCAUUUUCUUUCUAUUGGGUGCUAGUGGGGGUUAUUGGAAAAACAAACCUAACUGGGGAGAAUUUUCAUCCUCGGCUAUGUUAGUUUGCAAACAACAACCCCAAGGCAAAUAUAUAGACGGGUUGUGAUAGUUUUGACUAUCUAACGUUUCCUCUAAUUUAUUUUGGUCCGAAUGUCCAAAAAUUACCUUUAGAGCACACUUUUAAAAACUACAUGCCCCUAGAAGCCGUUAGGUCAGUAUAAGUACAACAUGAUGUAUCUGCACGCCACAUUCUUUGCGCACAGCACCGUUUCUGGUGACUUUGAGAAAUGGGCAUUAAAGGGACAGUGAAGUGUACGGUGUAGCAUUUCCUGGGAAAUAUUUUCAUAACCCAAUAGAACUAAUAGAGGUUUAUCACAUAGCAAAACUAUUGUGUUACACAGCGCAACAUUUUUAGAAGCGGAAGGGACAGAGCCUUUCAUUUAGAAUAGGUUCACAUUUGUUUUCAAAAACGUGUAAAAAUAAAAAAGAUAACAUAUGUACCAUUCUCUCUUAAAAAAUAAAAGAAAUGCCCAGCUCCAUUUUUGGCAAAUCCUAAAUACUUUUAUCAGCACCGGCUUUCUGCUCUGGCACAUUAAAGCAAAGGAAAAGUGCAACUUCUUCUUGUAUCUGCAUCAAGUCAAAUGCAAUAUCUUGGGAAAAUGUUUACAUAUUAAAAGACUGGGUUGUUUUUUUACAGUAAGGGGGAACACAUUUUAAAAACAGGGGCAGGCCAAGCCGACCGGGCGCCCUAGGCAACCCGGUCGGCCAACUCCGCCCACUUCCCUGCCCCCCUGAACGGCACAUGCGCGCCAAAGCACAGGAGGCGACGCAGGGGGGGGCGGGGCAAUUAGAUCGGUCAUUGCCUCCGCCGCUAAUGACAAGUGGCGGAGGCAAUAACAAAGUAGCACUAGGGGUAGGCAGGAGAGGCUCCUGCCUGGCACCCCUCAAUCGUUGCGCCCUAGGCAGCUGCCCUCUUCUGCCUACCCCUAGUUCCGGCCCUGUUUAAAAAUAUAUAUUUUUUAAAUAUUUCAACUUUAGGACACCAUUGUAACUUAAAAAUAUAGGUACCUGCUGUGCCAUGAUCUGUUUACAUUCGCUGUUGAAGUCCGAACAUUGAAAUCCUACAGAGAACAUAGAGUACAUAAAUAUGUAGCCCUCUUGGGCUUUACCUGGGGGGGGUCAGGAAGUUAUUUAGGCGCAUUCUUCCUCACAUUUAUACCCCCCUUUUUUAUGACCUUUAUGUCUGAAACAGUUCAUUAGGACUCUAUGCCCAUGGAGGAGGAAAAGUGGGAAUGAUUUCUUCUCAUCCCUCACUGAUUCAAUUCGGGGGAGAAAAUGUAAAAACAAGUUGUGCUUUGUUUGCACUGUUAAAUAAAAAUAACAUGUCAAUUGUA